AUGAUGUCUCUGAGCGCGUACGUCUACCCGAGCAGCGGCAACACCGCCUCCUUCCCAUCGCCGCUGAUGGACUGCACGAGUGCCAUUCACAACUCCGACAACAUUCAAAACAGCACCCCGUACUAUUCCGGAAGAAAGUCUGCCGCCACUGCCGCCUUUCAGGAACGCCUGAAGGGAAUUCCCAUCGUGAUCGCAGAGAAACAGCCGUUGAAUGCCCCCGCCCCGCGGCGCCGCACAAACGAUCCCUACAGAGACACCGCCCCCGAUGGAUCCCCCUGCGUGCCAAAGUCCCCAUUCACAACAGAGAUGGGCUUUCUAAUGUCGUACAAGGAGGACGAUGUUAGUAGUAUAGAUACAUCUCUCGCAUCACCCAUGCAUUCCGCAUUUACCGCAAUGCCGCCGCAGAACAAGAGCCACAACAAUAUCCACAAUAAUAACAACAAUAAUAAUAACAGCAGCAACAACAACAACAAUCAUCAUCAUCAUAAUAACAGUACUGUGCGGAGCUCAGCAUGGACCUCAUGUCUGCCACCUGCACCUCGCAGUGCCGCAUCAACAACGUUCACACAUCGUCCCCCACCCUUCACAACCACAAUUGUUACCCCCUCCGCUUUUCAUCAUCAUAACUCGAACGCUAAUACCGUCGAUAUGAACACGUCUGAGUACAAUAGUACAAAACGAGGGGAAUCACGAUGUGUUAAAAACCAUUCAACGACACAUUCCUCACACUCUGGCAAUUCAUCUACUCCUUUAACAUCUACAAUUACCACUUCUGUAACACAUGUCCGGUGCAAGAGGGUAUAUGUUAACGGGCGUCCUGUUACUGUUUGGCUCAACGAAGAUGAACAACCACAGUAG